AGGAAAGUUAGUAUCGUCAGCAGCAGCGCAGCUACUUGGAUUCACUUUCGUGAACUUUUGAAAUGGGGUCACUGGCAUUGGCACUUCUCAGCGAACCUCUGCUCCUUGUGACGGCAGUAGUACUGCUGGCGUACGUUUCGAUUAAAUACAUGCAAUGUAGAAAAGGGCGCCUGCCACCAGGCCCGGCUGGUCUUCCACUCAUCGGAAAUCUGCUGUCGGUUGACCGUCAGUUCUACUUUCGGGAUUGUAUUCAUUGGGCGAAGAAGUACGGUCCCGUCAUCAGGAUAAAGAAGGGUGCCACGAACAUCAUUGUAUUGACGGAUCAGACAUCUAUUGAGAAAUACCUGUGCAAGAAGGAAGUUCUAAACCGCCCUUCGCAAUGGACGGCUCAUAACAGAACAAACGGGUUCGGCAGUAUCAAUGGCGACCACUGGCACGAGAACAGACGAGUGUGCAUGAAGAUAUUGGCCGACCUUGGCUUCGGAAAGGAGUCAAUGCAUUCACAUUUACAGGAAGAAGCACAUCACUUGGUGAAGAAGCUCAACGCGCUAGGCGGGAAGCCAGUAAUUGCACGCGAGCUCUUGUCCGCCAGCGUGCUGAACAAUAUUCUCUUCUACUUGGUCGGGACCCGCUACGACCUGGACGAUCCGAAGCUGGAACGAAUGGCUAGGCUCGUGGUGGCUUUUUCUGGGGUAGGCCUGGAGUUCUCCUUGGAAGAUCUGCCCGCCUGGCUUAAGUGGCUGUCUCAGCGUCUCUCCUUGAAAAGAGACAGUUCGGCCAUAUCAAGCAACAUUAAAGAAUUUACGGAUUACAUGAGCAAAGAAAUAAGCAACUACAGAAAUAUUCCAGGAAGUCAGCGGAACGAAUGCUUUGUGGAAUCUUUCCUGCGGGAAAUUGAGAACCGCGAAGACGGGGACGAGUGUAUCACAGCGAGCCGCCUGGUAGGGAACGUGUGCGACCUAAUGGUUGCGGCGACCGCCACCACGACAACAGUGCUUCACUGCCACAUGCUGCAGCUCGCUUCUGAGCCGGAGGGUCUGCAGUCGCAGCUGCAGCACGAGAUCGCGGCUGUGGUAGGCCGUGAACGGCUGCCCACCUGGGAGGACCGUGUCUGCAUGCCUCUCACCAUGGCCACUAUAUGGGAGAUGUACCGCUGCAGGCCACCCACCCCCAUCGGGAUUCCAAGAGGGGUGGCUGAGGAUGCGCAUUUUGGCAACCACUUCAUACCCAAGCACAGCGUGAUUCUCUCGAAUCUGUGGAUGGCCCACAGGAACUCUGACCGUUGGAAGAAACCCAAUGAAUUCAACCCCAGAAGGUUCCUGAAGCACGACGGUUGUGCACAGCUAACGCGGCCGAGUGGGGUGCUCGCCUUCUCUGUCGGAAAGCGAAUGUGUCCGGGCGAGUCCAUGGCGAACGCUGAGGUGUUCCUAUACAUCACGUCACUGCUACAGAGGUUCCGAAUUCUGCUCGAGGAAGGCCGCAGUCUGGACAUCCACAAAACCGGUGUGCCUGCAAAAGAAAUUGCAGGCUUAAAACUUCGGUUUCUGCCCCGCUGAAUAUGAAGCUUGUCGUUUAUAUACUGCGUGAUAUCACACAGUCUUGUGACUCUGCAAG